AUGUGUCAUGGUUAUGCGACACGAAUGUUGCAACACGAAUUCCGAAAUGCGGCCACUCGCCAUCGUUUGCACACUUCAGCCGCAUCUCCCCUCCAGCCACCGGGAAUCUACGCGCGUGUUGCCGUACGGCGGCAUGGGGAACCGACCUGGAAGGCCCCAGGCACACAAAACUGCCUCCCUGCACAAGCGGCCCCCGGGACGCCUCGCAAGCUCCGAUCGUCCCUCGGAACUGCGCAGGGUGACAGGGCGUCCAAGAUCGACGUGGCGGAGCAGACGAGGCCCAUGGUAAGACGAGUCACGAUCAAGCUCGCGGACGGGAGCGGGUCGCAGAAGACUGCUGUGUUGGACACCGGAGAUGGCUACGAGAAACUCCUGGGACUCGUUGAGAACAAGUUCAGGAUAAAAAAGCUGCAGCUGUUCAUGCCAGAUGGGUUGGAAAUCACUGACAAUGAGCAUGUGGCCUUGAUCACCAACGGCUCGCUGCUGACAGCACGCAAAGGAACAAAGAAGGCUCGCAAAUCCGCAAACCCUGUGGAUGGAUAUCAGCACAGUACCACUGUGGAUUGCAGUACUCAGUCCAUUGACAAUCCACACUUAGGAGGCGCCUGCACAGAAGGGAGCACGAGUUUGUCAACAGCUCAAGAUGGCCAUGUUGACGGCCAUGACUCCGCCUGUAAUCCAAGCCUUGAGCGACCAGGUCCAAGUUCAGAUGCUGUUGUCCACAUCCUUGCCAACAAGAGUGACCUUGAGGCUGAGGCUGUUCAACAGCUGCACAGAGCAGCAUAUCAUUUUCCUUCCAUUCGAAUGGCGAUCGGCAUGCCAGAUCUCCAUCCUGGGCCAAGCUUCCCAAUUGGUGCGACGUUUGCAGUGAAGGGGCAAGUCAUGCCGUUCUUGGUGGGCAACGAUGUGGGGUGUGGCAUGACACUGUUCCGCACCUCCCUGAAGAACAAGGACAGUGCUAAGCAAGCCGAGAAAUGGAGCAAACUACUGGAGCCAAUGGAGGGUCCAUGGGAAGGUGACACUGAGGGGUGGCUCUCUCGGUAUGGCAUUGCGAGAACCAAUUUUGAUAGGGAUUGCUUGGGCACCGUGGGCGGUGGCAAUCAUUUUGCUGAGCUGCAAGGAGUGGAGGAAGUGCUGGACCCAGUCACUUUCGAGAAUCUGGAAAUGAAACAGAACAAGAUGUACCUUCUUGUUCACAGCGGAUCUCGUCAACUUGGGAAGAGAGUUUUGGAGGACUACCUGGACACCAAAGGCGUUGUGCCUAUAGACGAGGGUACUGCAGACUUCCAGGAGUACAUGACAGCCCACGAUCACGCUUGCCGUUGGGCCCAGUGCAAUCGACGACUGAUUGCCCACAGAUUCUUGUCAUCGCUUGGUGCCAACAUUGCGGAUGUUGACGACCCCGUGCUGGAUGUCUGUCACAACAAUGUCGUCAAGACGGAAGCCCUCAGUGGGGAUGGCCACCUGUGGCUCCAUAGGAAAGGAGCCGCCCCUGCAGAUUGCGGCCCUGUAAUUAUACCAGGUUCACGGGGGACUCACAGCUUCUUGGUUCUCCCCACAAGCGAUGCUGGCAGCCAGCGCAAGGCCGCUUACAGCCUGGCCCACGGCGCCGGGCGGAGGUGGAACCGGGGCAAAGCCCUCUCCAUGGGGCAGGCCCGAUUUCCCAAUGCCAAGGUCUUGAGAACAACCGCAUUGGAAGGGCACGUCGUGUGCGACAGCGCGGCUCUCAUGUAUGAAGAGCACCCUGACGCCUACAAAGAGAUAAGCACCGUCUUGGAGGACUUGGAGGCUGCGGGCCUAAUCACAGUGGUUGCCGUCAUGAAGCCUGUGGUGACGUAUAAGAUGAUGGUCGCGAAAAGGGAAGCCGAGCGAAGGGAUAGGGAGAGGAGGUGGGACACCCACAGUGGUGUGCUGGAGUGA